AAACAAGAUGGCGGCGUUCAUGUGAAGGUUUUGCUCAUGAGGUUUUGUGUCUUUUGAUGUUUAGAAAUUGGCGAAACUUCGUUGUUAUUGUUGCAAGUUGUAACCAUGGAAUCAGGUGGACGAUAUGCGCAGUUGAAUAGCUAGAAACCGAUGUAUAGAACGUUAUUUUUGCGAGAAUGGACGCAAAUGUGUGAACAAGAAAGUACACGGUACAUCUGAAAAACCGUUCUUCGGCCGUCGGGUUGAGCUGAGUCCGUACUAAUAAUCCAGUAUGACGGAAGACAGGUGGUUUCCGAUCGCUAAGAAUGCAUACGAUCCCUUGAAGGCUGGCAGUAUUGAUGGCACAGACGACAUUCCACACGACAAAGCCAUUCAAAGAGCAAUGAGUGCUAAAUAUAAACCGAACAAGGCUAUAACUGGGGAUGCCGAGAAGACUGUGUUUGUUGCUAGAUUGAAUUUAAACACCACAGAAGAAACAAUUGAGAAGACAUUCUCUAGAUAUGGAGAGAUAAAACGAUUAAAAUUAGUUCGAGACAUUGUGACUGGCUUCUCAAAGGGUUAUGCGUUUGUUGAGUACUGCAGCCAGAAGUCUGCUGAGCGAGCAGAACGAAAAGCCGAUAAAUUGAUAGUUGAUGGGAGUGAAUUGUUCGUUGAUUUAGAAUGUGAACGAAAAUUGAAAGGUUGGAUACCAAGAAGAUUGGGUGGAGGCUUUGGAGGCAGGAAGGAAUCUGGACAAUUACGGUUUGGUGGGAAAGACAGA